AUGGCGCCUUCGACUGUUUCCGAAGGGAGCGAGGCCGCCGUUCCAGCUCCGUUCAACAAAAUUGGUAGUGCUUCCGUUCAGACUUACUUCCAACGCAUUCGAAAAGCCUGCGGCAAGUGGCCAUGGGAGCUCUUCGACGAGAAACGUCUCUCUCCCCACUGGACUGUAUACCUGCUUCAGAAGUUGCACCAGGCUAUCAAGCUUGCGCAGUCCUCACCUAAGAUCUCGCUCACGCUUGUCAUGGAAUAUUUGGAAUCCAUUUGGAUUGGAGAGAAGAAAGACGCCCUAUCCAAACGCCGAACCUCUGCCCGGUAUAGAGAGUCAGAAUGCCCAGCAAACAAUGCCCAAAAAUCGAGCGCCAGUUUUCCGCACAACGGAGACGGGGAUGGCACCAAGAGUCGUGAUGCUACUCUGGUACACGAUAAAAUCGUCGUCGCGCCUUCACCAAGUCCGCCACCUCGACCCAGAGUCUACCAGGACGAUAAUCGCGAUGUUACAGCCCCACCUUUCAUUGACCUGACCAAGUCUGACUCUCCCGAGCCACCCAGUAAUGUGGUAACCGAAACCCCACCAGAAGGAGAGGCAAGUCGGGUUGAAAAGAGGAAAAAUGUGAGCGAAUUCGCUGCUGGUAGCGUCCCUGCGCCAAAGCGGCAAAAGAAAACACUCAAGCCUAUUCAUACGCCCAGUGGUACGCUUGGGAUGAGUCACAAAGAUGUGAGAAGAAAGGACAUCACAGAUGAUGAGAACGCACAAAUCUCCGCCAUUCAAAACAAGGCCGACUGCGUCCAUGCCCAGCAGAACGAGAAUAAAACACGACUGAAAAUGUUGAACUCCUCGCGAGAACUACUUCAACGAGAGCUCAACACCGCACAGACAGACCUGACCAGAAUCCGCCAGGAUAUCCAGGACAGCACUGUUAUCCGAGACUCUGUCCUCCGAAUCAUCUAUCGCCGAACCUCUGAAGAUGUUGAUGGCUGGAACAUGGCCCUCGAACGCUGCGACAAGUCUUUGAAGAUAUUUAAGGAUGACUCAAAGAAGACCACUGAUGUCUUGAAUAAGAAGAAGCAAGACCUCAAGAAUGUUGAUGAGAUGGUUCGUUUGGCGAAACGAGAGAUAGAGAAAUGUACUCAACAGGCCGGGAAAUUGCUUGCGCAACUGGAUGAAUCGACUUGCAGGAAAACCGCGUCUGGCGGUCUGUAAGUCAUGGUCGACAUGGGGCCUUUGGGACUGGCGAGCCUUGGUGGAGGGAAGCUUACAGAGCUGGAAAGACUGGUCACUUCGGCCAUAGGAGGGGACGAAGUGGACGCUGAGAUGAGAGGCGCGAGGACUCAGUAAAUAAAGCCAGUGCAGCAGGCUCGUUGAACGGCAUCGCAAUCCGGGAUUCAUGGGUAUCAGUAUUGAGAGACCAAUAUUAUCCAGGAAAUGCAGCUCUAAUAAACUUAGGUACCUGGAAAUUCUGCGGCAGAAAGGUUGGAAGUUGGGACAGGAUGUGAGCAUCAUUGCCCAUCAACAAAUUCAUCAUGGACCUGA